UCGCGAAAAAGCAACGUAAAUAUUUUCCCAAACUUCAUCAUUGGAUAAGCAAGAAAAUAAAUUUUCCGUGUAAUUUUUGAUGGCUUUCAUAAUUUGAUUUUCAAAUGCGAGAAAACAAGUUUACAUUUUCUGUCUGAAAUAGGACAUCGCAGAGACAACAAACGAACAAUGCGUUUAGCGUGUAUUUUCCCAUUGCAAAUCCUUGUUUCCAUAAAUAUAUCUGAUUGACUUAAAAUUUAAUGGUUUUAUGACAAAAAAUGCUUCGUUUUUUUAUAUGUUAUGAUGAUAGUGCUUCGGGAAAGUUAACAUGUCACGGAAAUUGGGCCCACGGUGUUAUAUAUCCUUCCUUUGCAUUUAGCCGUUUUUGUUUUACCAAGUCGAAUUAAUAAUCCUUCAUGUUACCAGAACUGAAAAUAUGUCAAUAUCACACGACCUGUUUUAAUUCUAUAUGCCAAACUUUUGAGGAAAAACCCCAACAUAAUUCAACCUGUAAACAAUCUCCUCCACUCGUUUUGAGUACCAAGAUGGCGGCCAACUGGCUUCAACCAAUCGACAUACCACUCGAUGUGUAUGCGCUAUCCAGUCUUUUUUGCUUUUAGAUCAGUGGUUUGAAUCGGAUAGAUUCGGAUUACAGUACUGUAUGUCUCUAAUCGAAUUUUUAAUUAUAAAAAAUAUACAAAAACAUUUUGGUUGUUCGUAUCGUAGUGUUUAUAUUUAUUAUUUAGUCAUUUACAAGGCACCUUUGCAACUCGGCAGGCAGUAAAAAUAUUUUGUUUUAAAUUAAAGCGCGUGCGUUUUAUUGUUCGCGUUUUCUAACGUGUUUAAAAUGAUCUAGAAUUUGAUGUUAUGGUGAAAAAGCCUACAAGUCUUAAAACUUGCUAAAAACGUAACGACUCGAAGUAAAAAUCUACUUCCGGGUUACGGUGCGCAUCGUUCCUCUGUGACCUUUUCAAAAUAAAGUCUUUUGUUUACAAUGAACGUAAACUGUCUCUGGGUUUUCACACUCACAUUUUCAAACAUUAACCUCAAUUCUCGAGGGGACUUCAGAGCCCUCGGCUGUCGUCCUCGGUGUCAGUAUUGAUUACUAGAGCGAAUUGUGAGCAUGUUGCUGUAUGUUGCUCUUCAUGUCGCGUUGGCGUUCACGUUCAGCUUUGGUCAAACCGGGACGCCUUGGGACUCCACAUAUGUCGCUGCUGUAUACGAGCACCGCGUGAUCCUCAAUCCGGAUCCCCAUGUGCCGGUUUCGAGGCUGGAAGCCCUCCGACACAUGCGCAAGAAUCUAGCCGUGUACGAGGAGCAAGCUGCCCUGGCUGCCCGCCAGGGUGCCCAAAUCGUGGUGUUCCCAGAAGAUGGUCUUCAUGGUUUCAACUUCAGCCGUGCGUCCAUUUCCGGUUACUUGGAGACCAUUCCUGACCCCCAAGUGGAUACGUGGAACCCGUGCGUGGAACCGGAAAGAUUCAAUAGUACGGAGGUUCAGCAGCAGUUGAGCUGCAUGGCUCGCCGCCACAACCUCUACGUGGUGGCCAACAUGCCCGACGUGCAGCCCUGCCCCCUGAAGUCGGACCCGACCUCUUCUUGCCCCGCGGACGGACGCUGGCAGUUCAACACCAACGUGGUUUUCAGGUCCGACGGACUGUUGGUGGCACGCUACCAUAAGCAGAAUCUUUAUUUUGAGGAAGCGUUUGACACCCCGCCACAGCCGGAGAUCAUCAGUUUUGACACCCCCUUUGCUGGGAAGUUUGGUCUCUUCAUCUGCUUUGACAUCCUCUUCUACGAGCCCAAGGUCACCUUGCAUGAGAGGGGUGUGCGUCAGAUGAUUUUCCCUACAGCUUGGAUGAACCAGCUGCCCCUCCUGGACUCCGUCCAGUUCCAGCGGGCGUUCAGUCUGGGCGCCGGCGUGACUCUGCUCGCUGCCAACAUUCGCAACGACCGACUCAUCAUGACAGGAAGCGGUAUCUACACUCCUUUCGGGGCCACCUACCACCACGCGCAGAGCGGAGACCCCGAGGAGGGCCGCCUGCUGGUGGCCAGGAUCCCCGUUUUGGGUGGGGCCGCAGAAUACGGCAAAGUCGAGGAGACCGCCACAGAUUCAGGAUACUGUCACCAUGAUGACUGUCCUUCCUCCCCACUGCCCUCCUCGACAUUCACUUCCACCAUGAUGUACGAUCCAUUCAAAUUUGCCCUGCUCAACGGCACAGAAGGCAACCUGAGGGUGUGCGACGGCACUUUCUGUUGUCGCUUGCAGUUCCAGCGCUCUCCGCAGACUAAAAGCGAUGAGCUCUAUGCACUGGGAGCUUUUACCGGAAAGCACACUGUCAACGGGGUUUAUGCUGUGCAGGUAUGCGCAGUGGUCCGUUGCGCGGGGUCCAAAGCCAGCUCCUGUGGGCAGGAAGUGGAAGAGGCGGAGACUCAAUUAGACUUUGUUCUGGAGGGAGAGUUUGCGAGCAAAUACGUGUACCCAUCAGUGCUGGGGAGCCGUUACAUCCUGGAGCAGCCACAACGUGUGGAGAAAAACAAAGACGGAAGGGUCACCUUGAAACAUUCAAACACGACGGCGGGGCUGGUCACUGCAUGCUUGUACGGACGUCUUUAUCACCUGGAUAAUGAGUGACGCACUGCAAGUCUGUCAGCGGACAACAAAACACAUUAAACCUGCACUUGACUGAAACUA